UUUAUAAAAUACAAUAAGACGGUCGAUUUUGUUUCUUUUUGUGUAAUAUUCAUCACAUCCUCAUCCUUCUCUUCCUUCCUAUGCUAAAGAUUGUAAAUAUGUCUACCGAGGAGGAACUGCCCGGCAAUACCGAUACGCACCAAAAGGAUGAACUAACACCCACCGGAAGUAAGGAAACAGUCGACACAAAACCUGCCAGCGAUACGAUAGCGGAACAUGAACAAAAGUCUGACAACACAUCCAAAGCGGAACAGCAACCACCGGAGGAAGAGAGUAAAGUGAAGGAAAUAAAAACAGAGCCAGUGUCUAGCACCGACAAUGCUAGCGACGAGCCUACCAAAACGGAUGUUGAUCAUUCGGCCGACAGUAGUAGCGUGUUCGAGCGCGUAAAAACAGAACCCUUGUCAGAGGGAAUAAAAACAGAUUCUAGUCCCCAGCAACAGCAGCAGACAUCCGUCCCUUCGGCGGAUGUGGUUUCUACGGUGGAUAAAGCAUCGACACCGGUUGCGGGUCGUGCUGAGGAGGACGAUGAGGAGGAGGAAGACGAUGACGAAGAACCGGGUGAUAAUGAAGAGCAGGAGCAGCAGCAGCAGCAGCGCAGCAAUAAACAGCGAAGUGAGGGGAGUUACACCAAUGAAGAGGAAUCGGGACCAAAUGCAGCGGAACAGCGGCAGAAUCAGUCUCAAACACCGACCGGUGCACAGUACUACGAGGAUGACGAGGAGGACGAUGAGGAUGAGGGCGAAGAACCGUCCGAGUUGAGGCAGCUGUUCGAACCGAUCAAUGACUCCCAGGCACUGAGCGAAGAUGAGGAGGACGGUGACUACAUACCGGACGAGGAGGUGAAAAAGACGAUCAUGGUGGGGAGCGACUUCCAGGCCGUCAUACCGGAGGGUUUGUGCAGGUAUGAUGAUGCACUGCCGUACGAGAACGAGGACAAAUUGCUUUGGAACCCAACCAUACUGAACGAGCAGGAGAUUGAGGAGUAUCUGGUGAAAAUCACUGGCCCUGCGGGUGGUUUAGGUACUGGAGGUAGUGCAGCGGGUGGACAACAGAAGGGCGCAACCGGUUCGGCUGGUACUGCGACGAGCGAUCCGCAGUCGAACAGUGUGUAUGCGAUACCGCUCGGGAAUCAUCUGCGCGAUGACGAACAAUCGCUCUAUCUGCUGCAACAGUGCGGACACAACGUGGAUGAAGCGUUACGCCGGAAGCGUAUCAGCAACAACUCCGUACCGGUGCCGGAACAGCAGAUGAGCAUAUGGUCGGAGGAAGAGUGUCGAAACUUUGAGAAUGGUUUGCGCGUGCACGGGAAAGACUUUCACAUGAUCCAACAGACGAAGGUACGCACCCGGUCCGUCGGUGAGCUGGUACAGUUUUACUACCUCUGGAAGAAAACCGAACGGCACGAUCUGUUCGCCAGCAAGGCACGGUUGGAGAAGAAAAAGUACAACCUUCACCCUGGUUUGACCGACCAUAUGGAUCGGUUUCUGGAGGAGCAGGAGAACAGUACCGGUUUCGGUGAUCGCAGCUCAUCGCCGGGCUUUAACAGCCUGUACAACAGCGCCUCGGAAGCGAAGCGCCAGCGAUUGCUCGACUCGAAAGAGAACAACACUGCCUCCGCGAAACGUUCCGCCUCGAAUCUGUGACUCGUGGUUAGGCGGAAGGGAUUGAAGUUGCGGCUAAAGGAGCGCAAAUAAGCGGAACAUUUGUUUCAUGGAAGAUGAAAACCAGCCAAGCCACAACUUUCAACACAGCCUUUUCGUCACGAUCACACUACUUACCCCCGGGGGGGAAACGUGGGGAUGAUCUUCGGCUAUCAUCGCCAAUCACAAUCAUCAUUUUGUGCCAACCGGCACAACAUCUGCACCAACGCCAGUGGGCGAGCAGUGGGCUAGAGCACAGAAUCGGCACAAAACAGUUGGAUUCAUGUGCCCGCGAUGCUACACGGGCAGAGUAGGAUAUAAAAGCUGAAAUUUCUCCACUAGCGGCAGUGAAUAGUGUUAGCUGAGGAUAGGAUGCGCUACGAACGGAGGCAGGAACCUUUACCGAACGUAUGCGUGUGAGAUGAUCGGUGUUAUGAGUAGCUUUUGUAUCGAUGCUUGAGGUCAGGAAAAAUUUGGUAGAAUUAGAUAAGAGACAACGGACCAAUGACCAGUCUCUAGCUGAUUGUCAAAUGCCUAUGUAUAUGUAGAAACGUAAAACAGUGAUACUGGCAAAUAGAACCAAACAAUGAGUAUGUUUGUUUGUUGCAAAGAAAAGAACCGGAGAACUUAUUUCGUUUUCAACUACAGUUGAUCUUUUAAUUUCGUUGAAAAACGCAUUAAGAGAAAGAGAGAGAGAGAGAUUUCUUUACACGGAUGAUGCUUCGGUGUGUUUUGUUUUCAAUUGUGAAAAUAAUUCAUAAAAUAACAUCGUUCAUCAAUUCGAAAAUUGGUGUUGCAACAUACCAGAAAAUACGUUUUUUUAAUGUUUUCUGUACAAUGUGGUUUCGUUAAAUUAGUAAGGAAGCUGCAUUGAGAUAAAUCAUAAAAGGGAACCACAAAUAGCGAUACAUUGUGUUAAAACCGAUAUUAUUUGUUCUUGUGCAGAUGCAAGAUAUAGGUGUUUAAAAUGCUUCCCGGAAGGUUUAUUAUGUUUUAUACCCCGAACGCACAUCAAUUAUCACCUAUUUGGUGAUAGCAGGUUAGAGUUGUAGGUUACGCUGUAGGUAGAGUUUAUUGUAAAAUAAAUAUACUCGUGUGAGUACAGGGUCGUUUAGAUAAAGAGAGUGAAAGGGAGAGCGAGAGAGAGCGAGUGAGGGAUAGUGUAUACAAGGAUAUUAUUCAUCAUACAGUGAAAACAUUAAUUUAUAGAAUGCCAUCUUAUGAGUUAUCCUGCGCGAAACACUGUAAAAAGCGUUAAAGGAAUACCCGCCCAGUAUAUGUUUGAAUGUUUGUUUGUAAAAGUAACGAAGCGUGUGAUCAUAUCAGACGCAUCAUGUGUAGAAAACGAAAGCCUAUUGCAGGUAGGAAGGAAGUUGUGUGGGGUGCGUUUAGUACGCGUACGUACCGAUGUGCAAGAAAGAAUAAAGAAAGUAUUUUCGUAUUAUUUUUGUAUAAAAAUCGCUUAGAAAACAAGAUAAAUAAUGGCGGGUAGUUUGUGUUUGUGUGUGUGUGAGAGAGAGAGAAAGGCUACGAAAACAGAAAAAAACAGACGAGGAAUAUAAAACUGAAAAGCAAACGUCAAUCGCUUUAUGUGUGUGAAGCAUGAAGGCAGGAAAAUAAAAUUGGAAGAAAAACAAAAAACAAACAUUACGCAAAAUUACAUUAAACAUAAACUAAAAACAAAAAGAAAAGGACAAAAUGUGCAAUGCAUUACAAAAAGAAAAAGAAAAACAAAGUGUUAAAUCGAAAAAUUAAAUCCUCUCCUUGUGGUGUACUCUUGGAACGUUGUACUUUCGAACUAAACAUAUAAAAAGCUAUGUAAUAAAAUACAUGCAUUUAUUGAAAUAAUUCUAGGACGCCAAAAAAAAUGGAUACACAUUAAUCGCAAAAUUUGGUAUUCUAUUCAUUCUUACAAAACACACAUAAAUAAAUCGUGGUGACGUUGGUUGGAGAGAUGUUUAGUGGUAGACACAGGACACAGACGAAUUGGGAGCAAAUGGUGUAACAAUGUAACAACAAUACAAUGAUUUGCAAAGUAAAAAAACCCAUUAUUUCACAAGGAAACAAAGGUGAAUGUUUUGUGUAAAUUUACUGUUUAAUUAUUAAUGUUAUAAGUUUACCAUACAGUGAUUAUUUAUUACGGUCUUAUUUUCACAAUUUAUCAGAAAUUGUU